AAAAAUAGGUUAAAAUACAGGAAUUCAAAAAUCUGUUAAAAUACAGCUUGGUUCUAGAAAUAGUUUAAAACUAAUCCUGUUUGGCAUUUAGUUUAGUAAAAACACAAAUUUGUCUCCAAGCAAAAAAGUACUGUUUGGUUGUCCCAAGUGUUUGAUUUUAGGCAGAAGGAUGCGUUGUAAAGGAUAUAGCCAGUCCACAUAAACCAAUUCCUGUGCUAGGUCCAGAGACCAUUUGUGAAAGGGACCUAAGAGCACUUGCUUGCAGCGAGUGUCCUCAGUCCUAGGAGUGGCUCCCCAGAGCAGGUGAACUCUUGCUAAUUACAGCCUGAUUCUCGUGUUUGUUUGUAGAGCAAAGUCAGCCGGGUGCUUGCAAGCUGCUAGGGCUGAGCCCCCUCCAGAGUCCAUGCCUGCCUCCAGGUGCAGAGGGGCAGGCACAAGGCAUGCAGCCACCCAGGGUACCGCACGGGCAGAAAGACCUCGUGCCCCUUGCCGUGCUAAGCCUGAACACUCACAACUGGCUUAAAACCAGUGAAUACUAAACCAAGUAGACAUGCGCUGUUCUUGUUAUUUGACUUCUGGUUGAAGAACCUCUUGGUGUCUUAUUUUCAAGCUCCUUCUCUGCAGUUACAAGGUAAAAAGACGCUAGUCAUUUCUCUGUCAAGGAUAACCUGAGGUUCUCUUGCGAUUGCUUCUUCAGUGGAGAUUUUAAGGAAAAAGACUCUCCCAACAACAAAAUUCUAACAUUACAAAGUUGGAUAAACAGGAUGUCACAUGGUUGUCUCUUGUUUGGGCAAGCAUUUUUCCACCAUCUAGGGCUGACUUAAAGAAAGACAUGAAGGCAUAUGAAUUCUUGCUGCUGUUUUUCUAUCAGGCCAACUAGAACAGCUCCUUCAUGGUCUAUUUGCUGCUUGUGCUUUCUUUCUAUACAGUUGCUCUUCACGAUAAUCCUUCUCUUGGUAUAAAAUAGAAGGACAGAUGCAAGAACACAUUUCAGUGAACCACCUUCCUCCCAGCACUUCCAGGAAGCCCUCCCCACCCCCACUCUACUACGAGAUUUGAAGAGUUUAAAAAAAAAUGUAAUAAGGAAAUGCAAAAGUUAAUUUUGAUGUCAACUCUAACUGUGCCUGACCACACCUACACAAGAUUAUCCGUGCCUCCUCUUUUAUACAGCUACUAACUGCAUACAGUUAAUAUAUAUAUAUAUAUAUAUACACAGUAUAUAUACAGCCUGAUGCACGGGGUAGGACACAACUGCAAGCCAGUGCUGCCCUGGGAGCUUCAGCUUUUGCAUUUCUGGACUUCCUUUGAAAACGUGCUGUCUGACUUUUAGAGCUGAUACAUUUGGUAUAUUUACUUUUCAAGGUCUUGGUCUUUAGGGAGGAUGAAUCAGGCAUACUCCAUGGAGUGGAGUAGGGUUUGGGUGAUUAACACCAGUUGACAAUCCGGCCAGGCCAGUUCUUCAUGGCUCUUCUUCCCUAAACUUUUUUUCUGUGCUUAGUCACAUUACCACAACUAUAAUCCUUGCUUAGUUUUGAUGCUAACACCUUCCUUAAAGAAAAACAUCUUUGUUUUUAAUGUUGUUUGGCUGGAAACAUUGUAUCACCAAGCUUGAUUAAGAGGGCAGAAAUAAACGUGGUUGCAGGAUGGUAGUUUUAGCUAUGCAAUAAGUCUUUUAAAAUGAAAACUUACAGGAUAUUGUACAAUGCAGCAAAACCAUACAGCUUGACUCUGAAAUCACAAGAUCAGCAAUUACUUUUGCGUUCAUAAGGUUCUGUUAUGCUGAUUAGUGAGAGGGAAAUGUAUUUGUGCGGUUUGCUUCAGCGAGCAAUUAUCUCCUUUAUUUGAUUUGUACUGUGAACGGAAACUGUCUUUAUGAUUAAGAACCAAAAAGUGUAUUUGCACCAUAGCAGAUCACUCAAUACAGAUCCCUGAUCUCUAAGACCUGCCUAAGGACACUGCUGCACCCCGUCUCUGUAAUUCACCCUGACAACGUAGACCUGAGCAACAACUCCCUGCUCUUAUCAUCAGUAAACAUUUGGGUACACAGAAGUUUCUUUAGUACCUAUUGCAAUGUAAGAUAUGUCAAGUAACCCUAAAAGCAGCAGAUCUUCCCCAACUAGCAAAGAAAGAGCUCUGUUCAUUCCUCCCCAGAGCUUCUCAAAAGUUCCUCAAACUUUGUAAGAACAUGGUGUGCUGUCUUUCAGGAAAAUGCAAAUGGUUCCUCAUAACAGUGCAAGGAGUUCACCUUUCACACUGGCUAUGAGGUGCUCAUACAGCGGCUGUUGGAUGGGAGAAGGAUGUGCAAAGAUGUGGAGGAUUUGCUCAAGCAGAGAGCACAAGCGGAAGAGAGAUAUGGGAGAGAGCUGAUUCAAAUAGCCCGAAAAGCAGGAGGACAAACAGAAAUCAACACACUGAAGGCAGCAUUUGAAAGGCUCAAGCAACAAAUCGAAAGUGUUGGAAACUCUCAUAUCCAGCUGGCAGUAAUGCUGAAGGAUGAACUGAAAGGCAUAGAGGAGUUCCGAGAAAGACAGAAGGAGCAAAGAAAAAAGUACGAGUCUGCAAUGGAGCGCAUGCAAAAGAACAAACUGUCCCAUUAUAAGAAAACGAUGGAGUCAAAGAAGACCUAUGAACAGAAGUGCAAGGAGGCGGAUGAGGCCGAGCAGUCCUUUGAACGGACAAGUGCUUCAGGCAACCAAAAGCAAACAGAAAAGAGCCAGAACAAAGCCAAGCAAUGCAGAGGCGCAGCAAAUGAAGCAGAGAAUGUGUACAAACAGAACAUUGAGCAGCUGGAUAAGGUCAGGACAGAGUGGGAACAGGAACACAUCAAAACCUGCGAGGUCUUCCAGCUCCAGGAGUGUGACCGCAUCACCGUCCUCCGCAACUCGCUGUGGGUUCACUGCAACCAGCUCUCCAUGCAGUGUGUGAAGGACGAUGAGCUAUAUGAAGAGGUUCGGGUAAGCUUGGAGAACUGCAUUGUAGAGUCAGACAUAGACUACUUCAUUAAGACCAAAAUGACGGGAACACAACCUCCAGAUGCGAUAGGAUAUGAAAACUAUUACAGCAGAGAACUAAACAGAAGCAACAGCAGCCCAACCCAGUCUUGUGGCAUGAUGAAGAGAUUCUCAGGACUACUGCAUGGAAGCAGUAAAAAUAACAUGGAGAUUGCCAGUCCUUCAGCCCCUCCUCUUGGAGAGAAAACAGACAGAGUCUAUGCAUCCAUUUUUGUAAAUGAACAAGCUGGAAUCACAUCAUCACAGGACUACAGAGUACUUUAUGACUACACAGCUCAGAAUGUGGAUGAACUGGACAUCACUGAAGGAGACAUUGUAGUUGUCAUUGAAGAAAACGAGGAUGGCUGGUGGACAGCCGAAAGGAAUGGGCAGCGAGGCUUUGUGCCAGGGUCUUAUCUUGAAAAGCUUUGAUGAAAAGAAGCCCCAGUCAUUAGACUGGAAAAUAUUCUAUUACCGAAAACAAACAACACACAAGGUCUGCUUCAGCUGACCAAGGGCAACCCAUAAUACUAUUUUCUGCAACUACAAGUCAGGAAAUAACCAACUGACCAUGCCUCCCUCUUCCUUACUCCUGCCCCAUCCCAGAACCUCCUGGCCUACACUGUCUGCAAAAACCGUCUUCACCUCAGAGAGAUUAGGACUUGCAUUUCUUACCACAGUUCUUCCUGCCCUCGGCACACUGUGCUGCCAUCAGUGUCACAAAGCUUGGCCAAUCUGGGAGGAAAAUCCGGCCCAGAACUUAACCGCACUAAAGGAAAAAGAUGAAGGAAACAAGUGCUGUUUCUCCAGGAUGGAGGAACACCUCCAGCCAGCCUGUGAGCCACCCUCGUGGUCACAGCAGCCAUAUUCUUGCCAUGGAUCCCCUCCUCUCCCUGCACAGCCCAUGCACGCAUUUUUGACAGUGAGGUGGAAAGCACACACAGAAAGCAUAUAGUUUUGAUGUUGCAGGCUCUUAGCUGUACAAAGCAAGGAAGAAGCUCUCUUAAGUUCCUUUUAACAGCCCCCUUUCUAGCUACCCCCUUACAGCAUGGGAGUAACCUGAGAGAAAUAUGGGGAACCCUCCACUGUUCUUUGUCAGUCAGAUGAAAAUACAAAAACAAGGAAUGCAGAGGGAGAGGAGAACCUGAAGGACUGAGACACAUCACUAGUAAGAAAACAUAAGGCACUUCCCAUCACAGCCAUCUCCUAACAGAAUGAAACCCAUGCUACCCAUGGCUCUGCUUUGCACUGGAUUCUGGGGCAGCAAAAUAAGGACAGAUGGUGAGCCAAAGGCUUGCUUGGUCAGAUGGUUCCCCUGACACCUCACUGGGCUCUCUCAUGUUUAAAAACCAACAAACCCAACAAAUAAGCAAAACCUCCAGCAGUGCUGCACUGCCCUGAUCCCCCUCCUCCGAACACCACAGAGAAGUGCCCGUUACCUCCUCAUGCGAUCUCCAUACCCAUGUCAUCGAUGCAUUCUCCUUUCAACUCCUCUGUCCAUCUGGCUGAUCCUCUCCUUCUCUUCUGCCCACAGGCUUUUCUGUCUCUAACUGCUAUCUACAGCCUCUGCACCUCUGGGGUGUCCUGGUUCCUUUCCAGACACUUUUAAUGUCCUUGUUUUUAACAAACCAACCCUCUUCAGAGAAGUCGCACUGUGCAGGUUCACUUUAUUUCAGAUUUCAGCUCUAUCAGUCUUUCUAGUUUAGUAUUUAAGAACGUUCCCAACUGCCACUGUACUUAUCAAGGGAUCAAUAGAUACUUUCUGCCACUACUCCCUUUUCAAUAUUUUGAGACGGUUAAAAAAAAAAAUAAAAAAAAAAAUCAGUGAUUUGAUCUGAAGCACAGCAUGCUAUUUCUGGGGGCAGAAUGACCUUGUUUGCCAAGGUUUCAACUCUUAAAACUGAACCAACUCAAUGAAAAUGAAUCAAAUUGCUACCCACAAGGCACAGACAGGGAGACACUGUUAGCUAAGACCCAGCAGGAAAGACGAAGAGAAAUCUAGACUGAAGAAAAAGCCAAAAUGGUCAACACAAUUACUCCUUAAACGAAACAGAAGGAAG